AUGGAGAGAAACUACAAAACGCCAGACGAUAGUACUUUUUUUCAAAGUGCUCAAGGUCUUUGGCACAGUCAAGUUACGUCCCCGACAGCUUCGGUCUAUACCACCAAUGUAAACAUAACUCUGACGUCGACACCUUCCAGAACGACAACUCAUGAUGGGAUCAAUCGAAGUAACUCACAGUCGAAUUCAACAUCUUUUCAAGUACAUACAUCCAUCAGAGAAUGGUUGCCCGCUGCUACUUCAACACCACUUUGUGUAGUGUCUUCGGGAGCAAUGCAUUCUUUGAAAGAUGAAGAAAAUGAAUUGUUUGGCAAGAUAAGGCAGUCGGUUCGAGACCUUACACAACGACCCAAUCGACAAUAUCCAUUAUCUCGAAUCAUUAAAUGGGCUGUCGAUGAACUACCCAAAGUAGAACCUGUCGUCGGUGUUGUCAGUAAUUGA